GUCGGUUUCUCAUUUAUACACCAUUUUUGUUGGGAAAACGAACGCUAAAUGGUAGGUUGAACUCCAUUAAAUGCAAUAUGGAAGUAUGUUGCAGAUUGUGCCUGUACACUACCGGCGAGAUGAUACACAUCUUCGACGAACGGGCGUGCGAGGCGAAAGUUUGUGAGAAGCUGCAAGUCCAUUUGAGUCUGAGUGUGAAAAAAGAAAGUUCUCUGCCGAAACAUAUUUGCCUCAAAUGCUGGCAGAGAGUGGAGGCCUUCGAAGAGUUCUACCGAGAGGUGGCCGAUAAUCAGGUUAUACUUGCUUUCAACGCCCAGCCGGACACGAUCGUUUAUCAAGAGCCCUCCACAAAGCCAGCCUACAUCGCCGAGGAAAUAACGUACGCCACUGUGGCAGUAGAGCCGAUCGCUUCGCCGGUAUCCGAAAAUGGUCCACCAUCUUAUGAUGAAGUUCAGCAGUCUAAGGUGGCGCACCGAAUAACAAUUCAGACCGUGCAAGAGGCGAAUGAAGGAGCUGAAGAACCAUGCUACGUAGAAGUGCAGAUCGAAGAAGCCGAUAAUAGACUCGAAGAAGAACCGGCUACCGAGGACGGCAGCGAUCGAGCAAGUGAUUUCAGUGAUCACGACGUGGAUACUGUGGACAUUGACGAAGAGUCAGCGGACAAUACGAUCAUCAUACCCAAAUUGCUGCAGGAUGGAAAGUUUGUUGUUCGUGGCGAACAGCUGCGCAAGUAUAUGGAGAAGUUUUAUGAUCUGGAAUGUGACAUUUGCAACCAUGGCGAGUGGCAAACGAUAGAAGAGCUUUUCGACCACUAUCGGACGGUGCACAAUACCGCUGGAUAUGUGGAGUGCUGCGGCCGUAAGAUGAGACGACUGAAAGUGAUGGCAACACACAUGGCUACCCAUGUACAGCCGGAAGCAUUCGAGUGCCCGAUUUGUAGAAAAAUUAUGACCUCUCAGCAGACGCUUCGCUUGCACAUUAAAAAUCACUUACCGGAAGAGAAGCGACCUCUUCAGUGCAGUCAGUGUCCUCGCCGCUUCAGCUACUCGAGCGUUCUGGCCGCUCACCAAGCAUCGCACCAGAGCAAAGAGCAAAGCACGCUCAUUGUGUGCGCCAUUUGCGAUCGCUCGUAUCGUUCAACUAAAGGCCUGCAAGAGCACAUGGCUGCGGUGCACUCCGAGCAGCAGCCGGACGGUAGUGGACCGGCGGUGUGCCACAUCUGCGCGAAGCAGUUUAGUAAUCGCUGUAACUUGGCGUACCAUAUGACCACGCAUCAGCCACCGUUGCAUCAGGUGCAGUGUGAGGAGUGUGGCAAGUGGCUUAAAAACAAAAUCUGUUUGCGCAAACACAUGAUACAACACUCACAGAUCAGGCAUCAAUGCGAGCAGUGCGAUUACUCUGCCGUCAACGUACAGUGUCUCCAGAACCACAUCCGGGUGAAGCAUUCGAACAAACGUCCGUAUGUCUGCGGCGAAUGUGGCAAAGCGUUCAAGCUCAAAACUAAUCUCCAGAACCAUCUGGUGCAGCACACAGGCGUGCAUAAGUACGCGUGCGAGUUUUGCUCGCGAAAGUUCGCCUCGAGCGGCAACUAUUACGUCCACCGGAAGCGGAUGCACUCGGAAGAGUUGGCACGGCAUAAGAAGCAAAAGGAAGAGGAGGAACGGGAGUUUCGCGAACGAACGAUUUUGGCAAAGACAAAAAACUGAUGGAAAGGACAGCAGUCUGUCUUAAUUGUUGCGCCUCCGUCAUCAUAGUCGAUUCGGCAGGGCGU